AUGCACGUCGCUUUUGUAACUCUUGCUCUCGUUUUGUCUGCUGCUGCGGCGCCCCGCCCUCUGGGAAGGCGUGCUCCGUUUACCCAGAAGAAUGGCGAAGAUGCUAUUGCUUUAAACAAUAAAUUCAAAGCAUUGAACGCCAACUCCCCGUGUACCGCUGGAGAAAAUGCCUGUGUCACCGACCAGUUUGCACAGUGUGUCAAUGGGAAGUUUGUUUUACAACCUUGUGCAUCUGGCACAAUUUGUGCCGCUCUUCCUCUGGUCAAUAGUGCUGGAACCAGUGUGACUUGCACAACCGCAGCUGACCGUGAUGCCCGAAUCGCGGCUACUGGUGCAAGUGCAGGAGGAGCAGGAGGAGCAGCACCACCGCCCGCCAAUCCACCGCCUGCCAAUCCACCACCUGCCACUCCACCACCUGCCAACCCUCCUGCUGGUGGUGCCAACAACGCUGGUAGCGGUGGGGCAGCCGGUGGAGAUGACCCACAGAAAUCUACCACCCUCGACCCCGAGCUCAUUCAGAAGGCCUCCCAGAACGAUGGAUCCAAGCUGGAUGGCGGUGAUAAUGCUGUCCCUUCCAUUGUCUCGCCCAACAACUUUAUCAACUUUUGCAAGAGUUUCCUUCCCAACACUCCGAUCACUGAUGGUAAACAGGUCGAGGGUGGCUCUUGCAACCCGACGCCUAUGGGUCAAAUUCCUGCCAAAACCAACAUUCCUCGCUCCAAGUUCUCGUUCCCCUUGAAUUUUCAGACGAUUGAGGCCAACAAGGCUUUCGUAAUUAAGAUGGGGAUCAGCGGCAUGCAGACCGGCUUCUUCACCAAUGCAAAGAACAACUACUACUCUGGCCCACAGCAGUUGAAUGACCAAGGACAAAUUAUAGGUCACUCUCACGUUGUUAUCCAGAAAAUCGAUAGCUUCACGAGUACUGCACUCCCUGACCCCCUCAAAUUUGAUUUCUUCCUUGGUUUGAACAAGGCAGCUGCCGACGGUGCCCUCACCGCCAACGUCGACAAGGGUCUCAACCCUGGCUUCUACAGACUUGCUUCUAUCAACGCUGCUGCGAACCAUCAACCCGUUCUUGCGGCCGUUGCCCAACACGGAGCUAUAGAUGACAUGGUUUACUUUCAAGUAGGUGGUGCUGGUGCUGGUGCUGGUGGUGCCGGUGGUGCCGGUGGUGCUGGUGCUGGUGCUGGUGCUGGCGGUGCGGCUGCACCUGCACCUGCACCCCCGAAGUAAGAAGUUAACGUCCCCGAGUGUAUUGUUACGCCCAUUCACGACUGAGGUAGCAGUUUAUUAUUUUCUUUGAGGCAUUUGUACCCUAGCAUUAUUUUACAUGGCGACUUUUCUCAUGCAUCUUUGUAUUAUGUAGUACAGUCAUGGAACUUUACGGAGAAAUAAAUGUCGGUUUGGUUUGGCC